AUGCUGUUCCUACUACCUUGGGUUUUCACAGCAGCCUUUGUAUACAUCGUAAACACUCAAAGCGUUAUAGACGCUGAUCUUGGAAUGCCUCCCGAAUCAGUGCCAUUGGUCAAUCCAGCUGUUACUCUAAGAUGUCACCGGGUUCCCUACAGUUUACAGAGUGCAGCAGUCAGACGAGAACGGCAGGCAAUGCUGGGACGAAAUUACAGUCAUGGCGUGCUGGGGAAGAUGUGA